UAAGCAAAUAUACGUACAAUAAAAAUGCCGGAAGCAGCAAGAUCGAAAGGCCCACCGACGCAGACGACGGCCGGCAGUCCGCGAGAGAGAAAGAAAAAAAAUCUCGCGAACAUCAUCAAAACGCAAGCGAUCGAGUUCUGUUUAUCGACGAGCCUGCACGGCUACAAGUACAUCGUGCAGAAGAAACGCUCGAAAGUCGAAAGAUGCGUUUGGGCCGCCAUCGUCGUUUCGUCGCUGAUUUUUUCACUCGUACUUAUGCACAUUGCCUGGACCUACAACGCGGCUCACUCGACGCUGACCGUCAUCGAGACGACUCAUCACGGCAUCUGGAAUUAUCCGUUUCCCGCCGUGACGAUCUGCAACAACAAUCAGAUCUCUCGCGAAAAGGCCAACAACUUUGUCCAAAAAUUGAAAAAGCUCGGUAAGGUGCCGCGCCAUUCGGUGCUGCGUAAUCUGCGUCUGCUCGUGGAGCUGCUCGAUCCCGGCGUGUCGGGUCGCAACGUCCAGGCGAAUCUGUCGACUCUGCAAAACGUCUUGGACGCGAACAAUUACACCGUCGUGCAAGUGGCGAGGGAGCUGAAGCAAGACUGCUCGGAGCUUCUCAAGAGCUGCAAGUGGAAAGGCAACGUCACGCCGUGUCGAGAACUGUUCGAGGAGACUACGUCGCGCGACGGCCACUGCUGCAGCUUCAAUUACUUCGGGCCCAACGCGCAGCCAAAAAUGGAGCCCAGACGCCUGACCGCCUGCGGCUACCAGACGGGCCUGGAGGUGCUCGUGGACGCCCGGCCCCGCGACUACUGGGCCAGUCUGCAGGCCUCGUUCGGCGUCAAGGUGAUGCUGCACGAGCCCCACGACUACCCGGUGCGCAGCUCGGCCUUCAAGCUGGUCGGCCUCGGCGUCCAGGAGUUGCUCGACGUGUCGCCCGAGUCGACCUACUCGACGGCCCAAGUCAGGUCGCUGCCGGUUCGGGUGCGCGACUGCAUCUUCAGCGACGAGCCGGUGGGAUCGGCGCCGCUGCGCCAGCUCGAGCUCGAGCACUCCUGGAACAGCUACUCGUACGUCAACUGCCUGAACUCGUGCCGGGCCAAGAUCGUGCUCGACAAUUGCGGCUGUGUGCCGCAUUACUUGCCCAACAACGCCUCCCGCGACUGCGACCUGAGGGACAUCCAGUGUUUGACGAAAAUUCGAUCCCUUUACGACUCGUCGUGGCCGGGCAAGAUCGUCGAUCCGGAGCAGUUGGACUUGGACAUCGAGGAGAGGCCCUGCGGCUGCUUGCUCGACUGCUCGAAUUACCGAUAUCCCGUCGACAGUACCGAGGGCAUUUUGGACCAGGGUCGAGUGUUGAAAAACGUGGACGAGCGCAGCAAGCUGAGCCUCAUCAACGUGUUUUUCACCGACCUGGUCUCGAUACAGUACCGGCGCUACGUUUACUAUGACUGGAAGGCCUUGUUCGCGUCUUUCGGGGGUUUGCUCGGCCUCUUCGUGGGCUUCAGCCUGAUCACCAGCUUCGAGCUCGUCUACUUUUUCGUCAUUCGCGUGCUGGCGGACAAGUGCAAAAAGUCGCGAGCCCAGAAGAGGAGAUCCAGCGAGACGAUCGAUAAAAUGGAAAAGACGCGCCGUCGAAAUAGUUCCAGUCGAGCGACUGUAGGUGGCUUUUAGAGACGGUAGUGGCAGUACCCGCAAGUGGCAGGAUUUUCAUCUUUUUUCGUAUAUAAGACUGAAGCGUGUGUAGAAGUGCAUCAGUUCUCUCGAGUUCCACCACGGAGCCACACACGGAGUCCCCGUGACUCAAACCCAUGCUCUGAGCGAAGGUCCUUGGAUCUCUGGCAGCAAGUGCCGCGGCUCUAACGGCCGUUAGCCUCCGCUAUCUUUGCCCCUCGCGUCGGAGAGGACGUCCACGGGAGUGCAAUAAAAUAUUGCCAGACCUGUUACGGACUGAUCCGCGGGCAAUGAGCGGAGCGUAUUGAUCAAAGUAAAGCAAUGUGAUGAACGCGUGAUUGGCAUGCGAACAUAACAGGGCCUACUCCGAGAAAACUG